AUGCCUAAUUGUCAGAACGCGUAUAGUCUCGGAUCUCGGAAAAGCCCAUGGAAACCGUUUCGAAUUCGCGGCGGUUGGAAGAGUGUUGCUUUGGUUUGGCUUUGGAGACGGCGGGACAACGCGCGCGCCGGGCAAAAAGACGGAAAAGAAUCGACGAUGCGUCGCAUUCUACGACGGAUGGGAAAGCAGCUGGAUAGCGGGAGAGAGGUGAAGGGACAAAACGAGGCAAAUCGCGGAGCACGAAGGUCGAGGGAAACUGGUUUUCCUCGACGAAAGAAUGGCGCGACAGGAUUGUAUUGGAUCGCGGAGGCGAGGGAUGAACGGGAGCGACGACGUUCUUCCUUAGGGCACCGCAGGGAAAAAUUACAAGAGUUUCUUCUCGAGUUACCUGCUUUUCGAGUCGAAAAAGAAAUUCCGAGUUUUCCUGAAAUUCGCUGAGACUAGCUGCAUCGAGCGAAAAAGUCACGAAAUCCUAAUAUUCAGUGAAUAUCCGACCGAAUUGAAAUUGCGUGAUUGAAGUACGUUGCAAGUGUUAAUAAUUCGUCACAUCGGUCCGGAAGGAGUGGAAUAAGGUGACAGCAUGGUGGAGGAUACGUACCUGAGUGUUCCUGGUAUAUCCAUAGCCCAUAAACCUCUCGUCGUGCACCGGGACAAUAUCCUUCGCCACGUAGAAUGGUUCGUAAAGGAAUUCGAAGUUCGUCACAUCGUGGCUGAUGUACACCUUGCCGGUUUUUACGUUCCCGAAGUUUUUAUGAUUCGGUGAAGUAUCUAGUAUCCAUCUGAACGAAAAAGAAUAUAUAUACAUUAUAAACACACCUUCUGAUGGAAAGGCCUGGCCAGUCCCUUCCUCGCCAGCCUGACCAAUUCCGUCUUGUUCUGGGGGAAUCGGACGCGCGAGUCCAGCUCGUACGUCGGUAUCACGUAGGCGCACUUAUCACAGGUAUCGGUCCUCAGGAACUCGUCGAGGGCGCCGGUCAAAUUGAAGCUCGGCACGAUGUCCACGUCCGUAAGGAACACGUACUCCGACUGGCAGUUCUUCCUCGCCAAGUUCCUCAUGUGAUUCUGAGGAUAGACGUUCCGUAUCCGCCAGUUGGUCUGCUCGUUCGAGAUCCCGUUCAUCAGCUCGUUCAACGUCCCCUCCGGUUUGGCACAAUCCACCACCUCCGGCAGCUCGAAUUCACGUGGCUGCCUCUUCGGCGGCCUGACCCUUGGCACCGCCAAGGAGAAACUCACCCUCUCCCGUACGGGUUCGUAACACUUCCUAAGGUAGAUCAGGUACUUCUGAAGAACCUCGAACUCCUCGUCACCGGCCGCGUACAGAGCGACCGACAUCGGCCCGGUCCAGUGAUGGGCCGCCUGCACCACCGAGUGCAACUUCUCAAUCGAGCUCUGCGUGGCCAGGCAAACGCGAUACGCCUGCGACAACUCGACGAAACUGGACCCGACGAGGACGUGGUCGAACGUACGGAACAUUCGACGAGCGUCCCACCGGCCCAGCUUUAUGUUCAAUCUUAAAACGUUCGCGUCAGCUGGCUGCGGUUGGUAAUCUUGUGUAACGCAGUCCGACAGUUGCUGCUGUUGCUCGCGCUGUUGCUCUUUGAUCAGGCUACCGAGGUUCCACUCGGUCACGGCGUUUGACUCCAAAUCCCUGGGCACUUCGUCCGGGAUGCAGGUCUCCGACUGCAGCAACAGGAAAGUCAACAGCAUGUUUGAGAGAGCCAGGACGACCACGCUGGUCAGACUGAGGUUCCAUGGUCGGCAUCCCAACUGCAUAUGAAACAGAGAAUUUGUUAGAGUCGAUUUCUUUGAACAGCGACGAUGAUCGAAGGAAUGUGCGAAAGUGAAGCAAUCAGUGAUGUCAGCAAAACUGAAAUUCCCCAGUAGGCUAUUGCCUGACAAAAGAAUGAAUCUUCCAUCGAGAUGCAAUAUUAUGCUUAUAUUUUCUCAUGAAAGUUUCUACGUUUCAUUUUUCAUAAAGAGAAAAAAGAAAGAUACGAAAUUCAAUAUAUUUGGAUCUAACUGACACGUUGAACGCCACGGGGACCACCGGUUACCGGCGAAUCAAAGAUUAAUAAAAACAUAUAAUUCGAAUAAAUGUUAAAUUUUUCAAUAUUAGCUUCGU